AUGCUCAAGCAUCUGAUUGUUGUGUUCCUCGCGCUCGUCGUCAUCACGGACGCCUUCGACAAAUUUUCGUUGAGCAAGGACAAGAACACAAGAGCCAAUAUUAAGCACCCAAUCUCUCGUCGUGUCCUUCGCUACGAGCGUUCGGCGAGUUUCGGCGAUUUUCCAACUCCAGCCGAAAUGCCGCUUUUCGUGCCAUCUCUCGACUUUGCCAAAGUCCGACCAAAUAUUCCAUCAAAGACCAAACCAAAUCAGAUCUUCGACUCGGAUUACAUGCCAGAAAUCGAUUUCUAA